GGGCUUUUUGAUGAUCAUGAAAAUUCGCUGAUAUUGUUAAUAUAUUUUGGAACACAUUCAGAGUCUGAUCAAAUUAUGGAAUAUAACCACAACGGAUCAACGUCCAGUAUUAUAAAUAGUAAUAUAAAUAUAUAUUGUAGUUGUUGUCGAGAUUAAAUGUUCUCCACCAAAGCAAGAUUAAUAAAACGCACGGGAAAGAACGGCGUUGGACGUUACGAUUUUUUGCAGCUCUUAUCUACUGAAUACAACACAACUAAGUCUAAAGACGCAAAGGAACAAGUAUUGGCAAAUUUGGCAAACUUCGCCUAUGAUCCUAUAAAUUAUGGAUAUAUGAGACAAUUACGAAUAAUUGAUUUAUUUCUUCAUGCCUUGUCUGAAAGUAAUUCGAAAUUAGUACGUUUCGCCAUUGGUGGUAUCUGUAAUUUAUGUUUAGAUGCGAUAAAUAAGAUAUACAUCCUCCGCAAUCGAGGCGUUGAGUUAGUAUCACAAUUACUUUCCUUCCAUGAUGAAGAUAUCGUGCUCUCAGCAAUUUCUACCCUGAUAUUCUUGAUCACAUCUGAAUCGAAAAACGAGAUAACAUCGACCGAGAUAAUUAAACACAUGCUGGAACUUUCGUGUAGUGAUAAUAUCCGUAUUAAAAAUUUGGCAAUCAUAUUUCUAAAUGAUUAUUGUGAAGCGACUGAGGUGGAGAAAAUGAAAAAAAGGAAGAUAAUUAGCCCGUUCAUAGAAAAUAAAUAAGUCUGAUUAAAUUUUAUUUAUUUAAGAGUCUUAGUAUAUAAACUAAUAUAUAACUUCUUAAGUUAUAUGUACAACAGAUAAUA